AUGGCUAUCAUCGUCUAUGGAAUUCCCUACUCAACUCGCACGCAGCGGGUUCUCUUCGUACUAGAGAAAUUGGGCUUGCCCUACCAGUUGGAAAAGAUCGAUCUUGCAUUGGGAGAGCAAAGUUCGCCUGAGUUUAUCGCGUCCCACCAUCCGUUUGGCAAAGUUCCAGCCAUCGAACACGAUGGAGUCCGGCUUUUCGAAUCUCGUGCGAUUGCUCGAUACCUAGUGGCUAAAAAACCUGGUGCUCUGACCUUACCCACUGAUGCUGUGGCGCUUGGCACGUUCGAGGAAGCUGCUAGUGUCGAUUAUUCGUAUUUCGAGCCUGCCGUCAGCAAGUUGGCAUGGGAGAAAAUAUUCAAAAAGAGGUUCACAGGACAAGAGCCAGAUCCCCAGGUCAUUGCUCAGCUAGAACGGGACCUCAAGCAGGUAUUAGAUUACUAUGAGAAGAUCCUGGCGGAACGAAAGUGGCUCUCUGGAGAGGACUUGAGCCUGAUCGAUGUGUUCACUAUCCCAUGGUUCCAUUUCCUGAACACUGGGCUUGGGUAUGGAAACGAGAUUGAGUCCCGCCAGCACUUGAAAUCAUGGUGGAACAAGGCCAGUCAGGAUCCCGCAUGGAAGAAGGUCUUGAGUCUUUGA